CUCCUGCUCGGUCGGGAGAAGCGAUCCUAAGAUGACCUUGGCGCUGAGGCUUCUUUGCCUGGUUCUUCUGGAUACGGCCCUUUGCAGUUACUCUAAAGAUCAGUGCAGCUGGCGGGGAAGCGGCCUGUCCCAGGAAGCGGGCAGCGUGGAGCAGAUUUCUCUGCACUGUGCCGAGGGGUCCCUGGAGUGGCUCUACCCCGCAGGAGCCUUGCACGUGAGCCUUUUCCCCCGCCUUCCCACGGGCGCCACCAGCAAAGAGAGCCCCCGGCGCGUGACGGCCUGUAUCAAGUCGUCCAGCGGUUUCCGGGGAGCCCAGAUUUACUUGGAGAGAGACGGCAUCUUGGAGCUGCUCCUCGCGGAGGCCGAGGCCGCCUCGCAGCCCAAGGUGCGCUGCUUCAGCUGGCUGCCCAAGGAGAAGGUUGCCCUCUUCCUCCAGUCCACCCUGCACCAGGACAUCAGCCGCCGGAUCGCGGCCUUCCGCUACGAGUUGCGGGGCGACUGGAACUCCCACUUCAUGUGGCCAUCAAGGAACCUCAGCAUGGAAGAUGCAGGGAGUUGCCGGCCGUGUAACAACACCGAGAUUCUGAUGGCCGUUUGCACCAGUGACUUUGUCAUCCGUGGCAAUAUCUGGACAGUCUCCAAUGAUGUGGAAUUGCAAGAGUCCAUCAUCAGCGUGAUCGCCACCCGGAUCCACCACCAGAAAUUUGCCUUGUUCCAGCCAGUAGGCAAAUAUGGGAAAUCCACGGGAAGCAUCCGUACCCUGCUGCGGUGUGGGGUGAAGCCAGGACCCGGCAGCUUCCUAUUCGCGGGGUGGCUGCACUUUGGGGAGGCUUGGCUCAGCUGCGCCCCCCGCUACAAGGACUUCCGCCACAUCUACGAGGAUGCACGCCGAGCCCGUGAGAAUCCCUGCGAAGUCUCGUUGGACUGAUCUGACUUGGCAGGGGAAUAGGUAGGAGAGCAAAGCUCCACCUCAGGUUUCGGGGAAGAGGGUGGGAUUUGCUACCCCCUGUGGUUAUGUCAUAAAUGGUGUAUAUACCCAACUUCACAACCGGAAGCAGGAGUCAUCUCCGGACACAGAGGGGACGGGCUCGUUGUUCCUGGUAUGAGACCACUGGGUCAAACCCAUCCCUUUCUUUUGGGCUCUCUCCAACGAAGAGAGCCUUGUGGCUCAGUUUGGAGCCAGGGCGGGCAACUCUGCUGCUGCCCGAUGAGGUUGGAAGGGCACAUCAUGAAUGAGAAAAAGGGAAUUGCUCCAGAAUCUCUGAGUGUAAGACAUAGAAGAGGAGGAGCCUGGGGGAGCUUUAUCCUGUGUGCCACUGGAACAAGGCAUUGCCACACCUUAAAGCAAGUUUCUUUCUGGGUUUCGUGCAAACCCGGCCUAGGGCCCUGGGCUGUGGUGGCCUGCAUCUGAUUGCGAUUCCAGCAGGAGCAAACAUCAUGGGGCAAGGACUAGUGAAAGGACCCGUCUUCCCUUGCUCCUCCCCAGGAGCUGCUUGACGAGCCAAGAAUGCCUGAGAGAGGAACCACUGCCUCCCAGCCCUUUGGUGCUUCUGGGCUAGAACGGCAUCGGCCUCAGCGGUCCUGAAUUACUUUUCAUUUGGUAACCAAACCCUUGAGAGGAUUUGGAUUGUCCUUCAGAAAAACACAGUCUUGGUCUCCAUU